UGUACUGAUGGAUGCGAGUGACUGCUGUCGCUAAUACGGAAAUAGUACCAACGCGUCCAUAAAAAUCAUUAAAAAUAUUAAUAUCGACUCGUCUUUCUUCCUGUGCACUAUACAACCAUCUUCACAAUGUCUCGGCAAUCCAAUCGCACAACAGACAGCAAGAAGAUGAAUUCUGAGCUGUUCACACUGACGUACGGGGCUCUGGUCACGCAACUAUGCAAAGACUACGAGAACGAUGAGGAGGUCAACAAACAACUGGACAAAAUGGGUUAUAACAUUGGAGUGCGUCUCAUCGAGGACUUCCUGGCACGCUCCAGCGUCGGCAGGUGUCAGGAUUUCCGAGAAACGGCCGAUGUCAUCGCUAAGGUGGCGUUCAAGACAUACCUCGGGGUGACCCCCAGCGUGACCAACUGGAGCCCUGCGGGAGAUGAGUUUUCCCUCAUUCUGGAGAGCAAUCCGUUGGUGGACUUUGUGGAGCUGCCCGAUAACCAUAAUACACUUGUCUACUCCAACCUGCUGUGCGGCGUCCUCAGAGGAGCUCUGGAGAUGGUCCAAAUGGCUGUGGAUGUAAAAUUUGUCCAGGACACACUUAGAGGGGAUAAUGUAACAGAAAUCCGCAUGAAGUUCAUCAAGAGGAUUGAAGAGAAUCUCCCCGCAGGAGAUGAGUGACAAAAUGAUCAAUGAGUCAACAUUCUGCCUCAUCAGCAAUGUUUGAUUUUUCUGGAAGAGAACUUGGUUUACAGACUGGAAGAGACUGAGAUUCAUUCAAGACAACACUGAAUUCCAGAACAAUUGUGUGGCCCUGCUACCUUCAAUAUACGUUGGAUUAAAACUAUCCUUAGAGCUGAUCUGUAGCCAAGUACAGGUCUGUUACUCCUGAGGGGGCUGGCUUUUCCUCCACUGCUUCACUUUGAAACAACAAUGUUUUAUUUUGCUGAAACAGACAGGCCACAUCAUUGAAAGGCAUGUCGUAAUAUGCAUUUUUUUUUUUUUAUUUGUCCAUAUUGCUGCCAAUUGUCUGGCAUGCUAAAUUAUGUAUAUGUUAAUAAAUGCAACAUAUUUGAUGGUUA